AUGCGCCUCUUCAUUUUGGGAGCCACCGGCCCAAGCGGCAUCGAACUCGUCCGCAGAGCGUUCCAAGUCCACCCCGACUGCACAAUCGUCGUCUAUGUUCGCUCUCCCAACAAGUUACCCGACGACAUCCAGAAAAACCCAUCGGUGACCAUCGUCAAAGGCAACCUCGACGAGCUGGACAAGGUCGACCAAGCACUAGAAGGUGUCGACGCCGUGCUUUCCGCGCUAGGGCCCAUCCCAGGCCAGGUUGGCAUUAAACCAAUCGCGACUUUCUACGGGCACCUCAUCGACCUCCUGUACAAGCACAACAUCAAGCGCUUCAUCCCGACGUCGACUGCCUCCUUCCCGGCUCCGGAAGACAAGCGAAAUUGGAAGUUCAGCUUGAUCGUCGGUAUGGUCCACACAUUCAUGAAGGAUAUGUACAACGAGGUCGUGGAGAUUGGUAGGGUGGUCACGACCAAGGGAGCAGACCUCGAUUAUACGAUCGUGAGAGUAGCCGUAUUGACCAACGCCGAUUCAGACGCGGUGGCAGCUGGCUACAUUGGCGAUCCAAGGAUUGGGUUGAUGUUGGCAAGAAAGGCGUAUGCUGCGUUUUGCAUUGACGAGCUAGAGAAGAGAAGAUGGGUGAAGAAGGUGCCAGCGAUUUCGAAUGCUUGA